AUGACUUCAGCUUCGGCAGCUGGCGCCUCGAGCUCUCAAAUGGCGAACGGCACGGGCCACCAGCGACAGGCAGGAGCAUUGUCCAAUCAGAAGCCCGGUUUGGAAGCUUCACUGUGGAACCCGGGAUCCGGCGGAACCGGUCGCCGACUGGCCAAUCCGAAGCGAUCGCAUUUUAGCAAGGCCUACAGAGGAGCUCCAGGCCUGCCAGCUGCGAAUGGUCCGAGCGCCAACGUCCCGGCCGCCAAUUCUUUCGCGUUGACCGCGCAGCGACAAGUAGCUGCAGGAGCAUCGAAUUAUUCGGCCCAAGUCAACAACAACGCCCUCCAACAAGCCUUUUACCCGACUCCAGCUGCCACUCCGAGCCAGGCCCCGAUUCCCACUUCGAACAAGUUUGCAAAGGGAGAUAGUACCACCUCGAUAGCACCCGACGACCUCAAGUUACUCGCCGACAUGUCGCUGUUUGGACGGUCUGCGAGUGCCACGGGCGGUGGCUUAAGCAUCAACACCGGUGCUGCCAAUGCUGGUGCCGGCCCCUCAUCGACUCCCGCGGCUGGUGGAGGAUUGUUUGGCAACGCAGCUGCCACGACACAACCUGCGACGAGCGGCGGUCUCUUCGGCGGUAACCAGACAGGAGCAGCGGCAGGCGGAGGACUUUUUGGCAACAAGACGGCGACACCCGCUCCCGCAACUGGUGGCCUCUUCGGCCAGUCUACACCUGCAGCCCAACCCCAGCAGAGCGGCGGUCUGUUCGGCUCAACAGCGACAGCCCAGCCUCAGCAACAGCAACAACAAACCGGAGGACUCUUCGGUCAGUCCAAUGCGACGGCUCAGACCGGCACGACCGGGGGUCUGUUCGGAGCGCCUGCUCAGCAAACAGGCCAACAGCAGACUCAACAGAGUGGAGGACUCUUCGGAGGAGCUCAGCAGAAGCCGGCGAUGGGUGGUCUUUUCGGUGCCAGCACGGCGCAGCCUCAGCAGCAGCAAUCAACCGGAGGUCUUUUUGGCGGCGGAAACACACAAACUCAACAGACUCAGCAACAAGGAGGAGGUCUCUUCGGUCAGAGCACGGCACAGAACCAGGCGAAACCUGGCGGUCUAUUUGGCGCCUCCACCCAACAGCAGAACAACUCGGCUCCCGGCCUGACUAUGGGUCAGUCGACGACACAGCAAACAGUUCCUGGCGUGAGGGUGGACGUCUCGAACGUCAAGGGCACGACGAGAUUCAACGACCUCGAGCAGUCCCUCCAGACGGAGAUGGAGAACUGCGACCUAAUGAUCCAGCGCUUCAUGUCGCACGCCUCCGAGAUCAAGGGGUUCAUGGCGGCGCACGGCGGCGAUCUCGAGCAGCUCACAAACGACGUCACCUGGCUCCAGCGCAAGUACGAGGGCGUCAAGACGACCCUCGACGAGGACAUCGUCACCCUGGCGCACGUCAAGGACCUGGUCAAGUCGGACGCCGACAUCGCCAAGAUGGCAUUCGCCGGCGCCGACCAGCUCAAGCUCCCCGCGCACUACCACCAGACCUGGCUCACCCGCGGCGGAAGCAGCGGCAACGCGCCCAACGGCAACCAGGACCGCAACCUGGAGGACGUCCUCACGCUCUUCUCCAACGAGGCCGACAGGUUAAAGGAGCUGCACCAGUUCCAGGUUCAGAAGAUCAAGGAGAUGGAGCAGCACAUGCCCGGUGUCGAGCACGGCCUGUACGAGCGGGUGCGCGCCCUGCGCGACCAGACGCAGGUGCCCGCGUUCAACAUGGUGUUGGAUCUUUUGGAGACGAUCAAGAUGAUGGGAGACAAGAUUUACGAGGCGGCGGGCGGGAUUGUGGAUGUCCGCGAGAAGCUCACGCAGCUCCAGCGUCAGUACCCGACCAAGUGA